AUGAGCUUCGCGUAUGGAGUCCAAUACCCGGGAUAUGCCCAGGCGUAUCCCGUCAGCUAUGCACCCGUUUCGUACCAGCCGCAAGCGCAACCGGCGCAGCCAGCCCAGCCAGCCCAGCCGGCGCAGCCAGCGCAGCCGGCACAGCAGGCCUACCAGGCCUUCGGCUUUGCAGCUGCGCCGGCGCAGCCGACGCAGAGUGCGCCUGCACCUGCGGAGAGCUCGGGAGCCUAUCGGCUGGUGGUGUCAGGCUGUAGACAUGAGACGGUGGCCCAGAUUGUUCGUGGGCACUUCACUCGGGAGGGAGAGAAUCAUGGCCACCCGGUCUUCAAGAAAGAGUCCCAGUGGAAUGGCUUGGACGUGAUGAUCUAUUUUUGGGAUGAGCGGGACGGCCCCAGCUUCUCGGGCUGGUGGUUUGGGCCGAAGGUGGGCGGCGACCAGGUCUGGGCCUACCAACCAGACAAAGAGCCGGAGCCCCCUGCAAGCGGCUGGCGAGUUCCCUACGACGGCCCUGUGGACAACACCUUCAUCCUCUACCCAGCACCCGGAGCACCCGGUCCUGCACCAGGACCUGCUUCCAGUCCUGCCCCCCGUCCUGCCGCAGCCUACAAUCCCACACCCACCGUGGUGCCUCCUCCCGCGACCGCGAGCUGGGCAAGCCCAACUCCAACCCCCGCAGUCUCUGCAGUCCCUACCCCGUCACCCUGGGAAGCGCAACAGGCCGCCAUUCGAGCGCAGCAGGCGCAACAGGCGCAGCAGGCGCAGCAGCGCGAGAGGGAGCAACGUGAGCGGGAGCAGCGGGAGCGGCUGCGCGAGAGAGAGAGGCAACAGCAACAGAUGGAGGAGAGGAGAAAGAUCGAAGCCCGGAAAGCCGAGGAGAUGAGACGGAGGGAGGCUGAGGCUCUGCAGCGAAAGGAGCUGGAGAAGGCACAGCAAGAGAAGGCCCAGCAAGAGCUUGAGAAGCGGCGCCUGGAGCAGCGCUCCGUCCUAGCCAUUCGCCGACAGAUUCAGAAAGUGCGCAUGGCCACCCCGGAAACCUUGGACGCCUUGGAGAAGGAGCUCCAAGACAUGCUGCAGACCGCGGCCGCUGACUCGAGUUUGGGUUCCCAGGCGGAGACCGUGAAGGAGGAGGCCACCUGUGGCUUGGAGGCCGCGAAGAAGCGCUGCGAGACGCUGAAGGAGUCGAAGCGAAAGCAGCGCGAGGAGGAGGAGAAGGCCAAGGCCUUUCUGGCGGAGCUCCUUCGUCGCUUGGACGAUGCGGAGGGGGCCGUGAAGGACUUGCACGCCAUCCUUGCGGAGCACCUGGAGACGAAAGCGGAGGGCGGAGAUGCCUCUCCGGCCGGAGAGGCCUCCCCAGCCGCCUCUCCCACAGCUCCCACGGCUCCGGCGGUGGUGUUGGUUCCGGGGUUGGUGGAGAAGUUUAAGCCUUUCCCAGCCGCGCUGCUCAGUGAGCUCCGAGUGGAGAGCUUGAUGAAAGCCACGGAGCUGGCAGAAAGCGCGAAAGCUGCAGGUCGGAAGGUCGAGGAUGCAGCCUUGGAGUGUGGGAACUUCGCAGCCGCAAACGCCAAGCUGAAGGAAGAGCUCAAGGACUCGGACGCUGCGGAGGUCUUGCGCAAGGUUCCCCUCUACCUCCUACGCCUCCAAGCAGCCCAGCAGACUUCGGAAGCCUACGUCCAGGCCACCGUGGCCUGUGAGAAGGACAUGAGGCGCCGCGAGGGCUUCAAGCGGGAGGAGGAGAAGCGGUCGGCGCUCUUCCGCUCCUUCGACAAAGACGGGGACGGGCGGCUGCAGGAGGCCGAAGCGCUCUUGUUGGCCAAGGCGCUGCUCUCUCAGACAGAGCCCUCCGCCUCGAAAGUCUCGGAGAAAAGCCUCAAGGAAAUCGUAAGAGCUGCUCUGGAAGAGGAUGGCACCGUCCAGAGCCUUUCUUUGCUGUCCACCUGCGUGGGCUCCUUCCGUGAGAUGCAGCGGGAUGGCCGGCGGCGCUUGGCUCGGGAGGCUCGCGCGAAGCUGUUCGGCAGCUUACAAAGCAAGUGGCGCAGGCGGGUUCAGGAACUCGAGGCCUCCGCCGGAAUUGAGCUUGAAGACACCUUGAAAGAGGUGGAAGCGGCAGUGGCGCCGCUGCUCACCGAGACAUCUUCUUUGGGCCCCCCAGGCCAGAUGCAGACACGGUCCAAGCACUGCGAGACCUUGAUCCAGAAGGGUCAAGAAAAGGCAGAAGACUUCCAGAAGAAAGUGCAGCAGCUCCCAGAAAGUUUUCGUAACGACGUGAACUCCAAGCAGGUUCAGGCCUCGGAGCUCGAGGAUUUGAUGGCCCCGCACCAGAAGCGCCUGGCGCUGCGCCUGGGGCGCACGGGGCAGCGCCUGGAGAGAGCCAAGAGGCUCACGGAGCUCUUCCGAGCCAAGGUGGCUCGGAAAGAGAACGACGCCAUGGAAGUUGCGAGGGGAAAGCUCUCUGAGGCUUUGAGAGCCUACGCCAAGAGCCAGAGCUUCUCUGCCAAGCAGCUCUUUGACUCCAUCUCCGACAGCUCCGACUCGGACUCUGAGAUGACCGAAAAAGCUUUUCUGGAGCUUUGCGGGAAAGCAGAAGCCGAGGAUACGGAGCUGGCAUCCAAAGUCUUCCACCGGGCACUCCCCGAAGAUGCAGAGACCUUGUCACUCUCUGCCUUCGAGCACUUGCUUAGAUCCUUCUACAAGGUCACGCAGCAGACGCCCUUCACUGAGGAAGCCGAAGUGAGUGGUGGCAAUGCCAAAGUCCAACUGCAAAGCGGGGAAUUCCUGGAAGCGCUUGAGUCGGAUCCCAAGGAGGUCGAUGAGGUGGGGGAGCGGCUUCGCCUCCGAUCGCGGGAUGGCUCGGAGGGCUGGGCGACCCUUUCGCACCUGCGCCCGGUGCCCUUGCCCGCCUACGCGCUCAAGCGCCGGGCCCCGCUCCUCGAAGCCAAGGACCUGAAGAGCGAGAGCAAGGAGCCCUUGCUAGAGGGGGACGUCGUGGAGCUCUUCAAGGAAGAGGAGGAAGAGCUGCUGGAGGAGGAGAAGGACCAGAAGGAGCCCAAGGAUCAGAAGGAGCAGAAGGAGCCGAAGCUCAAGGUGGUCUUCGGCUCCGUGCAGACCCGUUCUGGCAAAUAUGGUUGGAUCCCCCAUUCCGAUCAGGUCCUCCAGCCCAUCUGA